AUGGAGGUCAAGGACCCGCUGGUGCCCGCGGUGGAGCGGCCCGAGUAUGAAACCCUGCGAGCAAUACUCCAAAGACCGAAGGCAACGUUGAUCCAGCGUCGGAAAGUCGAGGCGAGUCAGGAUCAAGAUAUUCCUGACUGCCCACCCUCGGAUGAGUCGCCGUCGGACAAAUCGCCGUCGGAGAUGCGACCGUUGGAUCUAGCGUCUGUCGCGAGUGAGGAGUCGGAUCUAUCGUCCAUCGCAGACGGAGACUCUAUAUCGCAGGCCGUAACGGUCAAGGAGGCGCCAGAAAAUCGCGAUCAAGUGACACCAGACAUAUGGGCGACUAAUCCGCUGGUGGAGAAAACCACAGACAUGGAGGGACUGCGAGAAGAAGAUAGCCGAGAUGAAAUUGAGGAUGUCAGCCUGGAUCAACUACAUUCGAGGGGCCAAGAUCAAGGAACAUCGCCGCCGGAAUGCGGCGGGUCGGAUCUGCCAUCAAUGAUGAGUGUACAGCCUGGGACAGGAUAUGUGACCGGUGAUCCAUUGAACGACAAGUGCGCCACAUCUAUGUCGCAAAAAACGGACAUGGAUCCAUCACAUGUUGUUGAAGAUCAACCAGGCACAUCGGGUCUGGAUCUUACCUGGGACUCAGAUCAAGAUUAUGAUGAAUGCGUGUAUUACCAUGAAGGAAGCGAUCUAUACGCCGAAGAUGUCGAUGGUCAGAUGGCGGUGCUGCCAGAAGUACCUGUGACGACGGAAGAUGUGAAGAUCAAAGAUAUUCAACUAUGCGGAUCUGAUAAUCAGACUCCAGAGGAGAUCGAGCGACUUCGCCAAAAGAUCUGGAAGUUCCGACAUCUCUUAUUCCUUGGGACCGUGGAAAGCUCGGUCACGCGUCCAGUUUAA